UUUUGGUUCACACAAACGCAAUUCUCCUGCUGAGUCCCCCUCUCUCCCUCUCUCUCUCUCUCUCUCUCUCUCUCUCAUCUGAUCGUUUGCGCUUCGCGGACGCGCAGUCUUUCAAGUAAAACUAGCUAGCAGCAGCAGCAGCUUCUUCACAACCUUCUCAGGGUUGGGGAUUAAUUAUCUUGAUUCAAUCUUUUCUCUUCUUUUUAAUCGUCGGAACAAGUGGUGAUAUUUAGUUUUCCUCCAUACACACUCCCAUGGAGAUUCCCGGGAAGAGGGUCUUGCUCACCUCCAAUGGCGAUGACAUUUCUCUCAACCUCGCCCGCCAUUUAGCCCGUCGCGGUUGCCGGCUGGUUUUGAUGGGGAAUGAGACCCAACUGAAGCUCGCAGCCCACAAGAUUAAAUGUUCGCUCCCCGACGCGGUCACGCCGGAGGUGGUCGGACUGGAUAUGGAAGACGAUAGUGAAGCCGUUUUCGAUGUCGCGGUGGCCAAAGCCUCCACUAUUCUCGGUUUCUUCGAUGCUUUAGUCCAUUGUUAUUCUUAUGAAGGUGAGAUGCAAAAUCCUCUGGAUAUAACCGAAGGGGAAUUUAAAAAGACAGUAAAAGUCAAUUUCCUAGCUGGCUGGUACUUGUUGAAAGCUGUUGGCAAGCGAAUGCGGGAUCACAAAUCUGGAGGUUCUAUUAUAUUCUUGACUUCAAUUGCGGGGGCUGAAAGAGGUCUAUAUCAAGGAGCUGCUGCAUAUGGUGCCUGUUUAGCUGGCGUACAGCAGCUAGUGAGGACAUCUGCAAUGGAGAUUGGGAAGUACCAAAUCAGGGUAAAUGCUAUUGCUCGUGGUUUGCACCUUCAAGAUGAGUUUCCGGUGUCAGUGGGAAAGGAGAGGGCAGAGAAGUUGGUCAAAGAAGCAGCACCGCUGCACAGAUGGCUGGAUGUAGAAAAUGAUUUAGCUUCCUCUGUCAUAUAUUUGAUUAGCAACGGCUCACGCUAUAUGACCGGGACUACCAUAUUUGUCGAUGGUGCACAGUCCCUGGUGAGGCCUCGAAUGCGAUCUUACAUGUGAUGUGAAUAGGUGAAGAAAACCCAAUGUUUGGUAUUGGUUUUGUGGUCAUGAUAGGAAUAUUGUAUCCUAUCCAUGCGUUACAUCUCUUUAAACUCGAUUUGACUUGGUUUGAGCUUUAAAUUUUGAGGGUGGAGCAUGAAGACGAUUAUAUGGAGUUUCGUUCAGAAAGAAAAAAUUGCAUGAGAUGUUGUGAUUGCCUACU